UCCGUUGAGCCAAAAUGUAGUUUUGGGCAGUACCGAGACUGGCGUUUCACCUCAGGGCGGAUAUUUCAUGAAGUCUACCUGAACAAUGGUUCUGUCUGAUGAAUCACUGACCGCACCUUUAACCCGUUACAUCCUCAUCUUAUUAUCCAGCUGUUCCUUUAUGAAGCGAAUUAUUCUGUACGCGUCUUUUACCGGAAGUGAACUGGACUGGAGCUCGACUGGGACCAGGUCAUACGAUGAAGUGCAGACGUUUGUGCAUGCUCGUGACAGAAGGAAGAAGACAAGGAAAUGCUGUUCAUAACAGCAAUACGUGUAGUGCGUGGGGAUCAAUGAAAGGCGCACGCAUAUUUCACACGCGGUCGUGUGAAUAACACGUAACACGCGUGAAAAACACGAGAAGGUGCAUUCGACGCAUGCCACGCUCUGGAGUCGUAGAUGUGAACUCGAGUGUCAAGAUGUGAUGACGUGAAAGCGUCGAGCGAAUCAGGUCUGGGGACUGAGAGGAAACUUUGUUCCUAAAUACCUCCUGAAGCAGACUUACAUGUUCCCUUUUUCCAUUCGGAUAAACGUAGGGGGUGAAAACUUUUGCACUCUUGCGGAUGGAGCGCGGAAUAAGUGUCUUACCACCGUGUUUUGGCCACGUUACAGCAGACCCCCCCUAAAAAAAAAAAAAAAAAAACGCUCCAAAAGUUGUAGGAUUUAUGAAUCCUGACGUCACCUUCGUGCUCUUUUUUCACGCACACAGACCCGAGGCUCCUCUAAUCAACGAGCGAUGACAUCAUCAGGAUGAAAAAGCUGAACUGGGUCUAUUCGGGAAAUCUCAGACUCCAAUAAUCCACUAGUGCAGAGAAGACUCAUCUAUCAACUAAAGCGUCGGGGAACAGCAUGAAUGACGGGAGGAAGAACUGCAGCUCGACGCCGGAGGAAAACCAUGAUCAGACCGAGCUCCUGAGAAUAACACAGAACAAAAAAAUAAAAACAAACAGACUGAAGAGGAGCCCGAAAACAAACCAGACCCAGAAAUCAGACGUUACUGAUUUUAAAGCUGAAGCAGAUUUCAAAACACCGACCCGUGUACCGAAGGUCGGUUUCAGGAGCUUUGUUACUGACGAAUCCCCAAACAACGAUUCUGAAUUUCAGCAUGAAAUCAUCUGGGAUCCAACAUCACCUGCGACUCCUAUCAGGACUGGACGGGGCCGGAGGCGGACUGCUGUUUUCAAAGCAGUGGACAUAUCAGACAUCGUCGACAGGAUAGCUCCAAAGAACAAGAGGCCGGAGGAGGCGGAGUCGUCUUUGCUGCAGUGGAUUGGGGACACGGCCGUUCCGUGCACUCCAGAAAUCCGAGAGCCCAGGACCAAGCCCAAACCAGCGAGACAAAACCCUGUGGAUGACCUGCUGAAGUUAGCGAAGCAGUUCGACUUCAACAUGAUCCAACAGGAAGAAGUUCAUCUCCGACCAAACCGUCAGAGCUCUGCGGAAGACAUGCAUGAAGUCCAAGAUCUGUUUUUCGAUGAGAAUGACCCACUAGCUUCGCCACAGACUCGCUCUGAAGCUGAGAGACCACCACUGGGUUUGGAGGACACCACAACGAACGGCGAUGGUCCUGUGGACGAUCUAGGUCUUAUACAGGAAAUGGAAGACGAUCUGGAUUUGCUCUUCGAGGGUUCGACGCAGCAGGUCAGUGGUGGCCUGAGCGGUCUCAGCGCUCGUUCUCAGGACGUGGGUAAAUUCGCUCCCCAGUUUGGAGUGGAUCUUGCCCCUAGAGCGAAAGCUGACUCGUUAAACGUGUGUGGCGCCACUCUGGUGGGCGGAGCUUCUGAGUCAAGCACCCUUGGCGUGUUCAUGGCCGCACCAAUCCUCAGCACGAUCAAGCAGGUGGGAGUAGUUGAUGAUUUCGAUGACGACUGGAACGACGACGAUUUGCUGGACAACUCGCUGGUGAUGGAGAUGACCCAAAACCCGGAGCUGUUCUCCGCACCCCAGCAUAGCUCGACACAGAAACAGACGAACAAAAACGAUGGCUUGGCAAACACCGUUUACCGCCAGAACAGUGAUAAAGAAUCGAAGUCUGAAGAAGCGCAAAGGUUGAAUCAGAGACCCGAGAGCUUUCAGCAUGGCCAACAUUGGAGCAAGGCCACAGGAAAUGAGAAUGCUAGGCAAAGUGGAUUUCUUGCAAAAACCAAUCCAGAAAAGCAGGUUUUUCCUUCCAGCAAAGUUCCAUCAAUUGUUCCUGGUACCCAUAGGGUAUCUAAAACUAAUUCUCAACCCAAGAAAACAAUGGAAAUCAAACAGCCAUUAGCAGCCACCAUGUGGAAGGUUCAAUCUGCGACUACACCCUCAUUAGUUUCCAGAUCGGACCAAUCUAGAUCUGUUCCUGCAGUCACAAUAUCAACCACUCCCACUUUCAGGAUCAAUAAGGUCACUGAGGAGAAGGAAAACCGCCCAACCAUGGAAGACGAUGACCUCGCAGCCGAGGACCUGGACUCCAUCUUUGCAUCGGACGACAUCUGGGACGACGGUGCAGACGACGAUGACCUGUUCUGCGAAGCAUGCGAGAAGGUGGAAGAAUCCAUGGCUGAACCGGAACCUCCCCCGGAAGCGUCCAUAUCAAAACCGACACCCCAGAGGAGUCGUAUGCAGAGUAUUCAGAACGCCAAGGGUAAACGCGAGCGCGUGUUUGUGCGGUCAUCUCCAUCUCACGCUCAAAUGUAUGACCGUAGCGCUACUGGGAACCGAGCGCCAUUGAGUACCAAAGUUCUUCCUGGAGCACGUAAUAAUCCCACUUCUGCACCGGACAACAGCAUGAUGAAGUCGUCUGAUAGAAUGUACAAGUUUAGCCAUGUUAAAAGCGCUACUGGAACAGGAAGUGCUGCCUAUAAUGCAGCAAGACAGGUUAGUGAGAGCGCCACGGCAACCACCGUCCAAUCAUAUCAAAGCAUUCAAGGUGACCGUCAGUCCAGAAAGCCUUAUAGCACCUUUAAGGAAGCACCAGCUGUUUCCAAAGAAGUGAAUAAAGCGGUGGUGACGAGAUGCAGCGACGCUGAGAUCGAGAGGAAGAAGCAGCAGGCCGUGGAGAGGCGGAGACUCCGAAUGCAGGCCAAUCAGAACCUUCGAGCUCCUGUAUGAUGUCACGUAACCACUCGGGUGCACGAAACUGACCCGGUGAUGGUGGAAGGUCUAAACCGUCCAACACGCUGAACACUAAUUUGCCCUGUUCGGGGAUGACCGAGUGGACUGGAUCUUCUCACGGUCAGUUUUUCAGAACAGAAUCUCUAACAGCUGAGUCUCAGCAGGGGCUCGUCCGCUGAACGUGUUCUGCUCCGGACCUCAGAAAUCCACACUGUAGCUACGGGAAAUCGGGGGACGUUUGGAAAUUUUCGCAGCACACCUGUCGCUCUGGCACUUUUGAAUGGUUGUAGUGUUCGUAUGAAAAUCUUCCUCGCUGUCUCCAAGUCUUGAUUGUCUUUCAGCUUUAUUCAUCACGAAACUGGUCCUAAAUUCUUUCUAAUUUUUUUACGUCUUGUAGAAAUGUGUGUUAUUUUCGUUGCACAGAAGAAAGAGAGAUCCAAACCUCCAAAUUCUCUCGUAGUGAAGUGAAUAUUUUAAUAAUACUGUUUUAUGUCCAUUCUAUUAAAAUUAUCAGCAAAAACCUGUC